AAAAAAAAAAAAAAGAAAAAGGAAGGUUUGGGGAAGGAAAAGGCUCAAAUAUUUAUUUUUGGUGGGAUUGGAUUUAUUGGCAUGGCCAAAAUGGGACAAGGCUCCGAGGAAACAGCAGCGUUUUGGGAAGGUUUCAGGGGAGGCUUGUGCCCGCAGCGCAGACGCUCCCCCCCCCCUUCCCACCUUCCAGCUCUCACCUGUGCAGGAUCUGGCCCCAGCAGGAGGCUCUCGCCCCCCCGGGGAAGCUGUGUAGGGUUCAGUUCUCCCCCAAACCCCCCAGAGCUGGGGAAAGCCCUCACCCCUUUCCUUCCUGUGCCCCCACAGCCCCAGCGAGGAGUCGGGGAGCCCCCAGCAGCAGAAGCCGAAGCAGGUGAGGAUGAAUCCUUCCCCCCAUCCUGCUGCCACGGGCUCUCCCCAGGGGCCGAGGAUGGGGACGCCCCCAGCCCCACGCCAAGAUGGGAUCGGGUCCUCCCUCGGGGUGCUCAGUCCCAACUGGGGGCCAAAAUCUGGGGGCACCCCCCGCCUCCGCUCCCUCAUGCAUCCUCCCAAAGCCAUUUCCAUCACUCCGCAGGGCCCAUGAGGUGGGAUCUUUGUUCCUAAUUAGUGCUUUAAUUAAGCCUUUCGGCUAAGCUGUCAGCAGUGACUCACUUUCCAGGGGCUGUGACCCCGACAGCCGGUCCCUCUGCUAUAGGGGGGGGGGCUGCAUUUCGGCACAGCCCCCGGGGGUAAGCCCUCAGCAGAGGGGGUCUCGCCAAAAUGUCAUCAGCCUGGUUUAGUUGAUGGCCCCUCCUCAAAGGGCUUCGUUAAGUAACGAAGCAAAGGGCUGGGCUCCUGUGCUGCUUAAGGGAUUAAAGGGGUGAAGGAGCUAUUUGCGGGCAGCAAGCUGAGGAUAUAAAAACCUGGGGUUUUCAGCCCCCCUCCAGGAGACCCCUGGGGAUGCAUGUUAGGAGAAGGCAAAGCGUUGGUGCUGGGGGCUGGAUCCGGCCCUUUGCAACCCCCCGGCAGUGCUGCUGCACUGGGGGCUCUGCCCAGGAGGGACCCAGCUGGCACUAAAACCCUGGCAAGGGGGCAAAAGCCCUGUUUGGGGUGGGGACCCUGAUGGAACCAGCACCGCAGCACCUUCUGGGGGCCCGCAGCUGGCACCUACUCCCCAAAUGGCCCCUGCCCGCAGCUCGAUGCUGCACCACAUGCUCUGUAUUGGGUAAAUCAGCGUUAUUUAUAGCCCAGGUUAAAGGGGAUUAGGUGUGCUGCCUCUAAUCCCCUGCUUCCUCCCGCCUCGCUCCUCGCUGACCUCAAUCCUCGAGGCUCCGGCGUCCCCCAGCCCUCCCCGGGCAAGGCCUCGAAGCUCCGUACCCACAGCUGGGUUUCCAUGGGGGCCUUUCGUGUGGGUGAGAGGAGAUGGGGGCACGGAGCUGUGCCGCCUGUCCCUGUGUCCCUUGUCCCAGCUGGGGUCCCCCAGGGUGUCCCCUGUCCCCAGGAGAUGACGGGGGGAGGUGGCUCCCCAUACAAAACCACUCCGCGUCCCCACGGCACAGGGGUUGUUGGGGCAAUGCCAGCAUCAUGUCCCUCAUCCCCUGGGCUGGCACAUCCCGGUGCCAACGCUCUCCUGUCUGCCUGCUAACAUCCCUUUCUGUUUUCCUCCCUCUGCUUUCCCUCCACGGGGCUGCCCCACGGUAAGGCACCAUUUGACGGAGCGAGCGCAUCCCCGCUCCCGUGCCCACAUUUUUCGCAUCCCUGCUCCCACAAAAUGCCCACAUUUGGGGCAUUUCAGAAAGGGCUCCGGCUGCUGAAAGAGCAGGGAUUUAACCCUGGCAUGAUCUCGUCUCGGCAGCACCAUCAAUGAGGGCAGAAGCUGAAGAAGAAGCGGCAGGAGCCUGCACCGGAGCCCGCACCCGAAGCCAAGCCCCGGCGGCUGCGGGUGAAGAAGCCGGGCGAGUCGGGAGGUGCAGAGGAGCCCCCCGCCCAGGCACAGGGGGUGAAGAAGCUGAGGAAGAAGAAGGAGGAGAAAGGGGAGGAGGAGAGUGACAAGGACCGCUGCCCCAAAGUCACCCGGGAGCCCCGAAAGAAGAAGGAGAGCCCCGCGCCCCGCUCCCGUGUGGCCAAGGGCCCGAAGAAGCAGCAAGGUGAUGGGGGGGACACGGCGGGCAGCGUCCGUCCCCACCACCCAUGGGGUGCGUCUGCAGCGGCUCUGCACGCCCCUGGGGUGCUUUUUGUCCCCCACAUCCGCUAAAGGCACGGGGAGAAGGACGAGGACCCCCAGUCCCCAGCCCCACGCGCGCCCCCGCGUCGCGCGUGUGCGCCCCGCGGCUGCAGCCACGAGGGGGCGGUGUGGCCGUGCGCGCCCCUGCCGGCACCCACGGCCGUGACCGUGCCCACGGCAGCCGGUGCUUGGGAGGGGACGGUCCCUGCUGGCAAAACUGGGGGCUGCGGGGUCCUGCUCCCGGCGAAGCCGUCGCAUCGCCAACGCCGUUGUGUCCCCGCUGGGCAGAGCCGGCCGAGGACUCGGAGGAUGACGAUGAUGAGGAAGAGGAGGUGGAGGAUAAGGAUCCGCCGAAAAAGCUCAAGAAGAAGCUGCCCAAAGAGCCCCCCGCGGGUGAAGGCCGGGAGAAGAAGCUGAAGCCGAAGGGAGACAAGAGCGACCCCGAUGGCAAAGCCAAACCCACCAAGAGCACCAAGAAGGAGCCGACGGCCAUGUUCCAGGUGAAUGGGGAGAAGAAGGAGAAGAAAAGCAAGAAGAAAGCCGCCGCCGGCAGCGAUGAGGAGGACGACUCCGACUCCAGCACCAAACCCAUCAGGUCGGAGAAGAAGAAAAACCCCGUGUCCCUCUUCCAGACCGGCGGGGACCCCCCCAAGGAGAAGAAAACCAGAAAGAAAGCGCCUCCCAAAGCAGCCGAAAGCGAGGAGGAGACCCUGCAGACGCCACAGAAAAAUUCCAACAAGAAGGGCAAAGGGAAGAAAUCCAAGAAGAAGGAGGAGAGGCCCCCGUCACCCGUCAUCGAGGUGGAUAACCUGGAGGAGUUCGUGCUGCGCCCGGCUCCGCAGGGGGUGACCAUCAAGUGCCGGGUGACGCGGGACAAGAAGGGCAUGGACCGGGGGCUGUACCCCACCUAUUACCUGCACUUGGAUAACGACAAAAAGGUGAGCCAGGGCGGGGGGCCGGAGGGCCCGGGGCUCUGCACCCACCCUGGGAGCACCCUCACGUUUUGGGGUGGUUGCUGGCGCGCGUCCCGCUGCUCCUGCGCGCUCUUAGCCCCGUCGUUCCUCCUGGGAAACGUCCCGUGUCGGCAAAUGCCCCGCAGUGGCCGGGGAGCCACGGUCACACUAAUGACAGCCCCGGCUGGGACACCGGCGGUGUUUUGGGGCUCGUCUUCGCUGCGGGGACUUGCGCAAGGUCGCGGCCGUGUCCCAAAACAAGGUUUUGUUUCGCAAAACCUUGCGCAAAGGGCACGGCGGGGCGAUGGCGAUGGCACUGCCCCGGCCCCGCCAUCCUCCCAGGUCUUCCUCCUCGCCGGGAGGAAGCGCAAGAAGAGCAAAACCUCCAACUACCUCAUCUCCAUCGACCCCACGGACCUGUCGCGGGGCGGCGAGAACUUCAUCGGGAAGCUGAGGUCCAACCUGAUGGGGACGAAGUUCACCGUGUUCGACAACGGGGCCAACCCGGACAGGGCCAACGCCGACUGGUCCAACGUGCGGCAGGAGCUCUCGGCCGUGGUUUACGAGACGAACGUCCUGGGGUUCAAAGGGCCCCGCAAGAUGACAGUCAUCAUCCCUGGGAUGAACUCGGAUAACGAGAGGGUGCCCAUCCGGCCCCGAAAUGACAACGACGGCCUCCUCAUGAGAUGGCAGAACAAGAACAUGGACAACGUGAUCGAGCUGCACAACAAGGCGCCGGUGUGGAACGACGAGACCCAGUCCUACGUCCUCAACUUCCACGGCCGCGUCACCCACGCCUCCGUUAAAAACUUCCAGAUUGUGCACGGCAGCGACCCCGACUACAUCGUGAUGCAGUUCGGGCGCGUGGCCGACGACGCCUUCACCAUGGACUACAACUACCCGCUGUGCGCCCUGCAGGCCUUCGCCAUCGCCCUCUCCAGCUUCGACGGGAAGCUGGCCUGCGAGUAGCCCCCGCGCCACCCCCGUCCCGCUCCCCUCCCUCGCUCCCCGUUUUCGGCGCCGCUCACCCGGCUUCGGCCGCCCCUUCCCUGGCUCGCCCGGGGCCAGCUGCGGGUCCUGGGCAGGAGGCAGAGUCAGGCCCGGGGUAUAUUUAGCAGAUGAGGCUGCCUCUGAUCCCGAUUUCAUCCCUUUGAGACGUUUCUUGGACUCGAAUCCUGGAAACUCAUCCCUCCUUUUUUUUUUUUUUUUUUUUUUUUUGGUUCUGUUUUGUAUUUUGUAGCGUGUUCUUUAAACGAGAAGGGGGGGGUUGGUGGUGUCCUUUGGUUCAGGGUGGUUCCUCGUCCCCCUGCGGGCGUGUGGCUGGGCUCUGCCCAAGGUCACCCCACGGCACCGCCGGCGCCCGCCACCUCCAGGGCCGGGAUUUCAUUUAAACGCUGCGAGUGGGCGCAACGCUGCUGGGGGGCAAGGAGCCCCCAACCCAGCCCAGCAGCAGGGUCCAGCCCCCCCAGCACCCCUUUGUUUGCUCCUCUGCUGUGCACGCCGCUGCUCACUGCCUUACGGGCACAAAACCCCCGCUUUUCACCACUUUCUCUGGCACAAGUGGCUGUGACAUGCCCAGAAGUGCAGCGUCCCUGAAAGCCAUGGGAGUGCUCACGAGCCCUGGGGGAUUUGGGUCCCUAGGGAGCAGCCUGGCCCCCGCAGGGUGGGCACAUGCCGGGGGGGCAGCCGGUGCCACCAGGAGCAGACCUCGAAGGGGAAAGUGCGGUCGCUGCCAGAAGCAGCUUGUGAUUCACGAGGUGUGGUGCAGCUCUGAGCCACGCUGCUGCACGGGGAUCGGUCCCGCAGAGCCCCCGCUCCAUCUCCCUGCGUCCCCGGAGGUGACAAAGCGGGGGUGCCACCCCAUGAGUUGGGCCCCUUGGUUGUGAAUGGGUGCUGAGGAAGGGGAGAUGCUGGAGAAGGGCGGCAUGGUGGGAGCAGGGCAGCUUAUGGCCCAUUUUCCAGCAUAACCCCAGCUUUGGAUCUGGCUGCAUGGAGAGUCCCAAAUCCCCAAUUAAUUUGGUGAUGAGAAAUGCCAGGACACAUCAGGGUGUCCCAUAAAGCCAUCCCAAUGAUGCUUCUCUCCCCUGCUCGUCUCACAGACUGCCCCCCAGGGAUGCUGAUACAAGUUGGGGUCCCCUUGCCUGGGUGCGGACGGGUCCUCCCCUAUGCUGGGGGUGCGCUGAGCCCCCAAAGUACCACGAAAGGUGACCGGAGUGGACAGGCAGAGGAGCAGGAAGCAGACGAGACAGCUGUGGUUGUGCAAGAGGGAUGCUCAUCCUCGCUGGGCAGUGUCGCAACGCCGCCGUGGCCUGAGCCCAUUGUCCCCAUGAGCCCAUUGUCCCCAUGAGCCCAUUGUCCCCGUGCUCCCAUCCACACAAGGGGCUGAGGGCCGAAAGUGGCAGCGCUGGGCCUGUGCUGGAUCCUGCACCUGGUGCGAUGCAAACGUGGUUCGGAGAAAACCCCGGCUGCGGAGAGCGGUGCAGGAUUGUACCCUGCUGUGAUGCGUCCCACCAUCGCAGUGGCACGGGGACUGGAAGACUCUUUCCCUGGAUGCCACCAAGCAAACCCAGGGUGGGACAGGCUCCCAGCACACCCCCAUCGAUGCCAGCGCCGCGGGGAGGUGACAACACCAGCGCUGCGGGGACCAGCCACACCGAUGGUCAACAUCUGCCUUGGUGGCUUUGCAGAAGGAGCCUGUUUUUUCCCAAAAGCCGCACGAAUUUGGGCUCCGUGAUUCAUCCGAUGAUUGCACGGGGGGCAGAUGGGGCUGUCCAUGUGCCCGUGCAGGAUUUUAUCCCUCACCCAUAUGGCAAGACCUUGGGAGCGAGAGGAGAAACAGCCGCUGGGGUUUAAAGCCAGCGUCUCCUGGCUAGGUAUGGCCGGCAAAUGUGGGGGAAAGCGAGAGCUUUCUGCCCAAAUCCAGCCAGGAACCACACAUCUGUUUGAAAUUGGGACACGAUCGGCUGACGGGUGAGGGCUGCCUCCACCCGCACUUGUCUCCGUUUCCUGUGCACCGGUGGAAGCAGAAAAGCCAAAGUGCAGCCAGGGAGCGUGGCUCGGCUCGAGGGGCUCCGGGAGGUCUCCAAAUCCCAACGCACGCUCGCCUUGGGGCACCACUGAUCUCCUGGGAGUUUCUCCCUUAAAACGCCGCUGCUUUUUUCCAUUAUUACUUGCACCCCCCCAAAAAUUCCCAGCCUGCAGCCCCACAGAAGGGGCUCCCAAAGGGAGCCCGAAGCUGCAGAGGGCGUGAGAUGCAAUGCCACCCUGUCCCAAAACGAGCACCUUCGGAGGCGAUGUGCAAGUAAGGCGCACAGCCUACAGCAAUUACAGCGCCAGCCGCCUACCCCAAAUCGCUCACACAAAUCCUCCUAACCCAAACCAACUGCAGCACAAGGAACAAAUGAAAACAAUUUAAUAGGGCGAUGGAUAUUCGGGCCCUUUGUUUGCGCUGGCUGUUAA